GUCAGUCGUACUUAAUAUUCGAACAGAUACGGUCGGUUUCAAUGAAAACAAAAUAUAAAUUAGCAUUGCGAAACAUUCGGAGUUCGAAUACGUACGAAUCAGAACAUCAUCAGGAUUCGCGACCUGACGAUACACAGCGGUGAAUGCUUUGCUUGCUCAGUGGGGCAAUUGUGCAGCUGUUUUUGCCUGGAGAUCGACCUUUCAGAAGAGUGCACACUUCAUUUCGGGUCGCCGUUGUCGUCGAUUGCCAUUGUGCGCGCGCCCGCACAACUAAAAGUCUGCAGCGCGAGUAAGGUCUCAGUUUGAACAGUUUGUCAUAGCUAGCGCGCUGAAGUUAAAGUCCCACAGACCCGGUAAUAGCUAAUCUGCGGUGGGAGCGCUUCCCUUCACGUGAGGCUCCUUUGCGCACUCCGAACUGUGGCUGUUUGCUCGCGUUUCAUUUCGCUUGCGCGAACGUGAGAAAUUGAUACUGCCGGAAAUGUAGAUUUAUAUGAAUAGCAGAAUAAAGAGGAUAGUUUCUUCUCGUUUUCUCGUGGCGAGUCGCUCCGAUCAGUUGAAGUGGAUGAUACAGUCUUUUGUAGCUUCGACGGGCGUGCGUUGUGCAGUGGUGAAUGAAAAAUCGAAUCUCGUUGUGAAGGAACCCUCUUGUUCCCAGUGAGUUAUUGAAUUGAGCAAAUACGUGCAUCCAUUUACUGUGCGAUCCAGAGAGGAUUCAAGUGUCAGUUCUAUAUGCCCUGUGGCAAUUUUAAAGUGUGAAAGUGUGACCGAGGGAAUUCCUCCAAAAUUACUGCAAACGGAAAACGUCGAAAGAAAUUAAAGUGCAACAAGCGUGCAGGCAGCAACAAUUUGCAUCCAAUCAGUGGGGCAACAAUUUUCCUUAAACCGAAUUUUACUGCUGCGAACACAACAAUCAUAACUCAAGGGCCUUCAGCUGUGCCCGGCAGAGUCAACAUUGUGCAGUAGUGAGCCCACGAAAGGGAAUUUGGCCCCCGUCCGAGGAGGAAUCAGCACCGGUGCAGAAAAGAAAAAUGGAUGAGCGAAGACGACAUCGAUGAGCAACCAAUAUGUGAUAAUGAUACGACCGUGCUACCUUUUAGCGAUUAGUGUUUUAGUGUACCUGAAUAUAAAAGUGUGAUAGCUGCAACAGCCGGCACCAGAAAUGGAUCUUUAGAGUUCUAUUAUUUCCUGAAAACCAGGCUACCAAAACCCAAAUAUAAUAAUGAACAGACCGAACAACGUAUGGUGGACGGCCAAGGAUCUCAUGCAUAAUAAAAAGACGCACACCAGUUGGUACCCCUUGCCAGACCCUGUGCAUCGUGCUAUGCAGCAAACGAGUCACCUCCAAGGGCCACCGCAACAAGAAUGAACCAGGUUCAGAGUGAUCUAGUAAAGUCAGCAGUAACCGCAAAAACAGGAACCGCAAUCAAACAAUCCCCGAGUCACGUUAUCGGCACUAGCGGCAAGACCGCAACGGCCAACAACAAUAACAACAACAACAUCCACAACACGAUCAACAACAAUAACCUCGACAGCAAGAACAAGAACCCGACCCCAUCGAGUCAGGUGAACAUCAGCCCGAUUAGUGUUAUUCAUAUGACAAACGUCAGUGUGCCACAGAAGCUUCUGGUCCCGAAUGGGAAAUCGCAGGCCCCGGCAGCGCCCUCCGCACCGGAUGCACGGGCAAAGCAGGUCCUAAAGGAGGCAGUUGAUGCCGUUGUAAAUAGUUUCGCCAAACACACCCAAGGAUAUGGCAGAGUUAAUGUCGUCGAAGCGCUGCAGGAAUUCUGGCAGAUGAAGGCAGCGCGAGGGGCAGAACUCAAAAAUGGCGCACUUGUGAUAUACGAAUCCAUCCCAUCGACCAGCCAACCGUACGUGUGCUACGUGACCCUACCCGGUGGCAGUUGUUUCGGAAGCUUUCAGAAUUGCCCCACCAAAGCCGAAGCCCGAAGAAGUUCCGCCAAGAUAGCUUUAAUGAAUUCCGUCUUCAACGAGCAUCCGUCUCGGCGGAUCAGCGACGACUUCAUCGAAAAGGCAGUCCAGGAAGCGCGAGCAUCAUUCAAGGGAGAGAACCAAGAGGAAGACGGUCCUGACACUGGAAUCGGAGCCUUCAGAUUCAUGCUGGAAACCAACAAAGGUCGAACGAUGCUCGAGUUCCAAGAGUUGAUGACGGUAUUCCAGCUCCUUCAUUGGAACGGUUCGUUGAAGGCAAUGCGCGAAAGGCAAUGUUCCCGACAGGAGGUCGUUGCCCACUACUCGAACCGUUCGCUGGAUGACGAGAUGCGGCAACAGAUGGCCCUGGAUUGGAUCGAACGGGAACACGAAAAUCCGGGCUUGCUCAGUAGAGAGCUGGCGAUUGCCGAAAGAGAACUAGAGACUGCUCGGUUGGCAGGGCGAGAGCUGCGAUUCCCCAAGGAGAAGAAGGACAUCCUCCAGAUGGCGCACAAUCAACUCAAUGGCGGCAGCAAUAUCAAUAGUUGAACAUCGGUUGACCACAUCGAUGUAAGCUAGUUUUAAGACUCAAUAGCAUCAAGACAAAACAACAAAUUCAUAUUCCAAUAAGUGCAUCUCCUGUUACGAAUGCUUCUGAAAUGGAACAUUAUCAUUGGUCUCGUUCUUGCUUUUCUGAAAUCCAUAACGUGUGAAAUUUCCUUAUUAAUUUAAUGGAUUUGUUUUUAUGCAUUAAUGAUUACGUUUUUUGUUUGAUAUAUAGUUUUAUAUUAGAGACAAACAAAUCAAGCAGCAAGGUUUUAUUUGCAAGAUAACUUAUAAUCGAUAACGGACAAACCAGAACAUAAGCUCAAGUAAAUGUGAUUCUUAUCUCCAUACUUAUCAUAGCACUAGUGAGUGACAAAUCCAUAGCCGGUAUUCUUUAAACAGUGUGUUUUUUAUAAUUUGGUGGUGGUGAUUUUUGUUUACUAGUUAACUACUUUUACAGUCUAAUCUUUUACCUUUCACGCUGAAUUACUAAUUACAGUUAUGCCCAUGAAUUCAUGAAUUAUCCCCAACUCUAACUGAUAAAUUAAAACAAUAGUUUAACCUAGCAUGUAGCACCAGCAUUAAUACAAUAGACCCCACAAACUGAAAUAAAACUGUACAUAAAAAGCGAAACGAUGGAAAUCAUCCGCUCAUUUUCGUUUAAAACUAUUGUCUAUUUCGCCUUCCAACCUAUCCAAUGUCUCGUAUGUUAUCAGUAUGGAAAGCAGAAUCAAAUUAAAUCUCAAACAAAUCCCACAGCCAAGCUGAUCUAAUGCAAAUGGAUAACUAUAAUACAACAAAAUGGAGGCAAAUAAAUAUUUUUUCGAUGUGUGGAAAACCUAUUUAUUCAAACAAAAAUGUGAUUUUAAUUGAAAAGCAAAAAUUUAGUUAGAAAAAUUGAAGAUUUUGAAAAAUCGAAAAUUUUAAUUUAUAUUUAUAUUGAAGAGGAAGCUGCGAAUAUUUACACCUAAAAUUUACCUAAUUUAGACAAUGUUUUAACUAUAACCAGAGAAAAAAAACCCUUUCGGCCAAAUUUAAUCUUAAAAUUUAGACGAAAAUUGUGAUGUACGUGUAAACACCUAAUAAAAUAUUUUAUUUUUAGCGGAUGACCAAUUGACAUUUUUAAUACUUUUAACAACCUAGAUAUAGAAUAACUGAAUGCAAAUCAUAUUGAUGAAGGAUUAAAAAAUAAACGAAAAUCGAUGUCGACGGGACGAACAAUUUAUCAACCAAUAAAAACCUGCGAAAGCCGCAGUCGAACAAUGCGCGUCCUGUUGACAAAAAGUGUAUCAGUGGAAUGUAAAGAUGCCGUUUUAGCAGAAGAAUGCGUUAAUAAAUAGUUUCGUUUUAAAUAACAA